CCCUCAACGCCGGGGGGUGUGGGGGGCGGUGCUAAGCUCAGGCUCCCACACCCGGCGCUCUGGCCCGCAACAGGCGCCGCUCUGUGGCAGCUCGGGGUUCCCUCUGGGCGCGCGCUGGAGGACCGCGCUCGUUUCCUUUCCGGCUUGGCUGCCCGAGGCUCGGCGGCCGCGGCUGAGCUGGAGGAAAGAUGGCGGCGGCCGUGCGACAGGACCUGGCCCAGCUCAUGAACUCGAGCGGCUCUCACAAAGACCUGGCGGGCAAGCCCUUGUGGUUUGGGCGUUUCUCCCUGCCACCAACUCUGAAAAUGGGCACCCAGGCGGAAAAUGCCCUCGAUAUCUCGGUGGUGAACGAGAAUGUCAGUCUUGUGAUCUCCAGACAGCUGCUCACCGACUUCUGCACGCAUCUCCCUAACCUGCCCGACAGCACAGCCAAAGAGACCUACCAUUUCACCUUGGAGAAGAUCCAGCCUAGAGUCAUUUCAUUCGAGGAGCAGGUAAAAAUCCGAGGGGCAGUGGUCUUUGAACUUGAAAUAGCAAUGAUUUUGAGAGUCAGGCGUCAUCCAAUCCUUAAAGGAGAUAACCGUUCGAUUUCAUGUCUGACAAAACAAUGUGCCAGACGGGCAUUUUGCACUACCUUUUUAAGCCCUGUGACCAAGACAAACGAUGACAUCACGGGCGAUCCGCUUAAACAGUACAACGUAGAUUAUAAGCUGGAGACUUACCUGAAGAUUGCCAGGCUCUACCUGGAGGACGAUGACCCGGUCCAGGCAGAGGCUUACAUAAAUCGAGCAUCACUGCUUCAGAAUGAGUCAACCAAUGAACAAUUGCAGAUACAUUAUAAGGUAUGCUAUGCACGCGUUCUUGAUUAUAGAAGAAAAUUCAUUGAAGCUGCACAAAGGUACAAUGAGCUCUCUUACAAGACAAUAGUCCAUGAAAGUGAAAGACUAGAGGCCUUAAAACAUGCUUUGCACUGUACCAUCUUAGCAUCUGCAGGACAGCAGCGUUCUCGGAUGCUGGCCACUCUCUUUAAGGACGAGAGGUGCCAGCAGCUCGCUGCGUACGGGAUCCUGGAGAAAAUGUACCUGGACAGGAUCAUCCGAGGGAACCAGCUGCAGGAGUUCGCCGCCAUGCUGAUGCCACACCAGAAGGCCACCACGGCUGACGGUUCCAGCAUCUUGGACAGAGCUGUUAUUGAACACAAUUUGUUGUCUGCAAGCAAAUUAUAUAAUAAUAUUACGUUUGAAGAACUUGGAGCUCUCCUAGAAAUCCCCGCAGCUAAGGCAGAAAAAAUAGCAUCUCAAAUGAUAACAGAAGGACGUAUGAAUGGAUUUAUUGACCAGAUCGAUGGAAUAGUUCAUUUUGAAACCCGGGAAGCCCUACCAACGUGGGACAAGCAGAUCCAGUCACUCUGUUUCCAAGUGAAUAACCUUUUGGAGAAAAUUAGUCAAACAGCACCAGAAUGGACAGCACAAGCCAUGGAAGCCCAGAUGGCUCAGUGAAUCCUUGCGGAACUUAUGUGCACAUUGCGUCUUUCUCCAUGUUGUGCAAAUUAAUUUCACUCUCUCUCUCAAAAGCAUUUGCAUCAUGUAUUUCAAUCCCUUUUAUGCUGGAUUCCAUUUAAA